GGGUAAAGUGUCUGAGCAGUGGGCGUGUGCAGAGCGGUUACAACUGGUUGCAUAAGUUUUGGGACCUGAAUGAACUUGCUGCAGCAGAGAGGCACCGUUGGACAGAGAAAUAAAUCUUCUGGCAAAGCUGAGCCGUCAACUCCUCUGCAGUGGAUCAUGACAGCAGCAGAGUCUAGUCCUCUGACCACCCACGUGCUGAACACCGGAGACGGCGUCCCUGCGGCCAGGAUGGCCCUCAGCCUCCAUCGACUUGACUCCAGUAUGAUGAUCUGGAACAUGUUGAGUGUCGGGACAACAAAUGGAGAUGGCCGCUGCUCAGGACUCAUCAGUCGGGCAGCUUUCACCCCUGGCAUGUACAAAUUGCGUUUUGAGACCGGUUCAUACUGGGAGAGUCUGGGUCAGAACUGCUUCUACCCCUAUGUCGAGGUUGUGUUCAACAUCAAUGACCCAGAGCAGAGGUUUCACCUCCCUCUGCUGAUGAGUCGCUUUUCUUACAGCACCUACAGAGGAAGCUGAGAAAGGACAAGUGGCUGCAGCUCCAAUACCCUGAAGCCAGAGAUGGAGAGUACUUCUGCUGUCACAGAUUUAUUGUACAAGUUGGAGUUAUUUCAGACUUGGACCAGCCAGGUUAACUUUUGUUUUUUUCUUUUCAUUUCUUUUUCUUUUUUUAUAUAUUUGAUCUCAAUUGCUAAUUUAUUAACGACUGUUGAGUCUGAAAUAUUUGAUUAUAGAAUAGUGUGUUUCAUAUUUAUAAAUGUACAGUUGAUUUACAUCAUCAUUAUUAUAGAUGGACAACAUAGACUUCACUGCUAAUGAUCAAGUGAAGUUCUUGUAACCUUAAAAUCUGUUUAAUAUAUUUUCCGUAAAACUAACUUUAAAAACUUG